AUGGAGGAACCCCAUACUAGCACAGAGCAGCCACAGGGUACAGAGCAACCUCUGUCACAAUACCGGCACCAUGAAGAUACAGAGAUGGAAGAUGAAUCCGAACUAGCUGCAGAUGAGGAAAUGGGUGACGGCGACUCCAGACUCCAAGCGGAUAUACAUGCGCAGGUGGACGGGGACACCUCGGCGCAGCAACCUCCACUGUCUACGGGGCCAGGAAACCCGCAUGCUACUGAACAAGUACCAUUGGCACCAUCGCCAUCAUCAUCACAGCCACCAGUGAAUGACAGCACUGCCGGAACCCAGAUCCAACUGCCUCCUGUAGAGAACUGGCGGCCCUAUAUCAACCCUCCAAACCUUGGCCGUGUCAGACAGCUGCUGUUCGAGGUCAAGGAGCCAAUCGAGCUCAGUCUCGAGGAGUUCACUAUGUACUGGCCAUUUAUAGAUAAUAUCUGGGUCAAACAGCGGUCUACAUCUACCAAGGAUGGUCUACACAUCACGGAUUACUACAUGUGCCGCCUGCGCCGGCCAACCUGCAAGCGGCCACCCCAGCGUCCACUGCCGGAUGGUAAACGAUCUAGGAACAAGGUCGUUCGUGAAGGCGGAACUUGCAACUUUCAGAUCCGAGUUGUCAAGUUUGAAGGGGCUCAUACUACAAUCACCAUAUCCCGGAGUCCCAAUAGUAGCAAUGCCCAUUCGCACGAUCUGGAUUACAUGGACAAGGUCAAGAAGAAUUCUGGAGUGAUGGAGUAUGUUCGCCAGGAGGCUGCUCAGGGUUACCUUCCAGCAUCCAUAUUUGCAAAGUUGCGAGAAGACCCCCAGCAGCUCGAAGCUGCUGGUGGCAAGCACCUGACUACAAUUGACGUUCGAAACGUAUCUGGGAAGUGGAGGGCGAACCAUCCCGGCCUCACUCUUCGGCCACAUGAAGGUUAUGCUUACCAAAACGGAUUGGGUGUCUACAAAGUACAAGAUGGGCAACAGAUAAACCGACCGCCAGCCAUAAUAGCCCACCCCAGGGCGGUGAAUCUACCCGCCAACGUCCUCCCGUUUCCUACCUUUCCCUUGGAGUUCCUAGAGCCAUAUCUACCCAAGGCAGGGGAGUGUCAGAGCAAUGGCAAUGCCAAUCCCAACAGUGGUGAGGCCAAGUUCCCACAUGUAACCCUUACCUACGCACAGUCCAUGGACGGUAAGAUCUCUACCAAGCCAGGGGUCCAGACUGUGCUUUCCGGCCCAGAAACCAAGACAAUGACGCAUUACUUGAGAUCUCGCCAUGAUGCCAUAAUAAUUGGGCUUGGAACUGCCGUAGCUGAUGAUCCGGGGUUGAAUUGCCGACUAGAGGGUGCCGGAGGUUUCGGUGGCUUUGGUACAAUGUGGCAGCCCCGGCCAGUGAUAAUAGAUCCUACAGGCCGUUGGUCUGCAUCAGCUGACAGUAGACUGUUGAUGACUGCGGCAGAAGGGAAAGGCAAGGCUCCCUGGGUUAUCGUCUCUCCCGGCGCAGAACUCCUCCCGGACAAGCUUCUGCUUUUAAAGCGUCAUGGAGGUGACUAUUUACGGAUUAGGGAGUAUAACCCACAUUGGAGAUUGAGAUGGGAGGCCAUAUUUGGUGCCCUUGCUAAUCAGGGGAUCCGCAGCGUUAUGAUAGAAGGCGGCGGCAUUGUCCUCAGUGAACUGUUAAACCCGGAAUACGUUGACUUUGUUGACUCUGUUAUCGUUACCGUGGCACCAACUUACAUUGGACGCAACGGUGUGUCCGUAUCUCCAGACUCCAAGCAGGAUGAACACGGCAGCCCAAUAAACGCCCUAACGCCUCACAACAUCAAAUGGCAACCUCUCGGCAAAGAUGUCAUUAUGUGUGGGAAUAUAAAGAUCGUGCCCCCUCCUCCACCUCCACCUCCAAUUCUUCUCGGCUUAGAAGCUGCUGCUUGUGAGGAUGAAUCCUGA